AUGAAGAAAUCUAUUAACGAAAAAGAAGUUAAAGAAUUGAAUUUAGGGUACAAAAUUUAGCUAAUAAAUCUAAAAAAAAUAAUUGUAUAAUCUUUUGGAAUUGAAAUGGCCUUUGUCACUCCAAUAUCCAGCUUAAAAAAUCCUUAUUAAUUUGGUACAUUCAAGAUUUUUCAUUAUUUCAUUAGUCUUUUGACUGAAUUCUAUCAAUUUUAAGAUGGGAAAUUAAACGAAUUAAUAAUAGAUUUUUAAAAAUAGAAUAAAUAUUUACUUGAAUAUUCUAAACAUUUAGGGUUGAACUUUUUUGAAAAUUAAAAUUAAGAAAACAUAAAGUAAUUCAUUAACAAUUUGAAAGAUUUAUUUUAAAAUGAUACCUAUCAAAUAUUAAAAGAGAUUUUACAGAUACUAUGUGCAAUUUUAAAAUUAAUUAACAUUGGUAUAUAGAAUAAUUGUGAAAAUAAAAAUUAAAAAGAGGAUUAAUAAUUAGAUGAAUGUUAAAAGGGUUCAUCACAAAAUAAAUCCGAAUAUGAUUAAUAAUCAGUUGAAAGCUAAAAGGGUUAAUAAUCAAAUAAAUCUAAAGACGAUCAAUCAUCAGUUUAAGGUUAAAAGGGUUCAGAAUAAGAUGAACAAAGUGAUGUAAAAUAUAGUCAACCUUUUACAUAUAUUCCUGAUGAAGAUGAAGAAGAUGAUAGGAUAGAUAAUUUGGAAAUAAAUCCAUAAAGUGAUUAAAACCACAUUUUUGAUACUAAAAAUUAGGAAAAAUCUGAGAAAGAAUAAUUAAUAGAAGUAUUUCAGAAUUAAUUAGAUGUGUAAAUAGAUGGCCAAAACUAACCCUUAAUCGAAAAAUUGGUAGAUAAUUAUUCAGGAAAGGCAAGUAAUUUACUUCUAAAUUCUAAUAGAAUUAUUGGGUAUGCAUAGCAUCUUUAUCAAAAACUAAUAUAAUCCUUUUUCAUUUAGGUAGGAUUAUCUUUAUCCAAGAAAAUAAGAUAUGAUUAAGAAAUUAAUAAAGAAUAUUAAGCAACUUUUCUAAGAUUUCCUGAUUAAAUACUAGGAGGAAGUAAAGCAAGACCAUAUUAAACGAAUUGUUAUUUUAUUAAUCUCUGUAGGGAUUUGAUUAAUUGUUGGUAUUAAAUCUAGAAAUACCCAAUCGAGAAGAAUGAAUAGAUUGAAAAGAAUGAAUAAAUUGAGAAGAUGAAGGAAUAAUUCAAAGUUUUAGAAAACAAUACUAUAGAAUUAUAGAAAUUAAAUGAUUAAAAAAGUAUUAAGAAAUUUUUUAAUGAUGUUAAAGUAAAUGAUUUCAACCUACUUGUUCAAAUUAGUCAUAAAUCUUAAAAUGACUAGAAACCAUGGACUACUUAUGAUUUUAAUGAUUUUUGCAAAGUUAAUCAUUAUGAUAUAUCAGAGGAUGAUAAAUAAAUAUUGAAGACUAGCAAACUAAACUUAUUCAAUGUUAAACAUAAUCAAAAUGAUAAUGAAAAAUUGCUUAAAUAAAAAAAUUCUACAGUGAUUAGGGAACUUUUCUAAAAGUUCUAAAGUAUUUAGAAUUAUAAUAAUGUUUAUAAUUAUGAAAUUGUUAAUAAUAGUUUAAUCAAGGUAUUGGACGAUUAUAUUUAAAAUAUAAAAAAUCAAGAAGUAUAAGAUAGGAGGAAUUAGAAUCAAAAUAAUGGCUUAUAUUAAUAUUAAAAUUUUGAAGGUAGUUCAUCAGAUGGGUAUUCUAGUAGUGGUAGUAAAUCUUAAAAUGUAUUAGAUUGA